ACAUCCUCACCAUGGCCAAGAUUCGUGGGAGGUUGUCUCGGUCGUGUGGUGCCCGUUCCUUGUUCCUCACAGAAUUCCCAGAAGAAGAUGAAAUUCAAGAAGUAGUUUCUGAAAAGGAGUUUGCUCCAGUGCCUAUUCAGCAAGGGGAUGGAGCUAUCUAACUGGUUAUUGGGUAGAAAGGUCUUGAGCCUCUUCACUGCAACAAAGGUGAUGAGGAGUACUCUAUGUGUUCGUGAGGCUGGAGGGCGCUUCCAGUUCUAGAGGAGGAUUAGUUAGGCUUAUGUAUAAGCUUUGGAGGGUUCCUACCUUCCUGCUAUUGUAAUAAGUUAUGCACUUUGAGUAUAUCAGGACUUGUAAUAAAUAUAACUCUUCCUAUGUAAUAACCUUCAGUUUUAGAAAUAAAAAGAAUGUUUUGUAAA